CCUCUAAAUUUUAAAAGUGUCUAUAAAUAAUGGUGUGGUUCUCUUGCAGCAUUGUGUGCCACAAAUGUGAAGGCCUCUGUCCAAAGAUGUGCAAAGUAGGGAUUAAAGCCAUAGAUACCAUUCAGACGGCAAAAGAACUGACUGGUUGCACGCACAUUGAAGGAAGCCUGAUCUUCAACAUCCGCAGAGGAAAUAACCUAGCUUCAGAGCUUCAAAGAAGUUUGGGUCGUAUUGAGACAAUAACUGGCUUUUUGAAAAUCAAGCAUUCCUUUGCUCUGGUCUCGCUCUCAUUUUUUAAAAACUUAAAACUCAUCAGAGGAGACUCCAUGGUAGAUGGGAAUUAUACUUUGUAUAUUUUGGACAACCAGAAUCUUCAGCAGCUCUGGGAUCCCAACCACGAGAUCCUCUCCAUCCCUGUUGGGAAGUUGUACUUUGCUUUCAACCCUAAGCUUUGCCUGUCGGAAAUUAAAAAUAUGGAGGCUCUAACGGGAACAACAGGGAGACAGAACAAGGCCGAUAUCAAUCCACGCACCAAUGGAGAUCGGGCUUCCUGCAAGGCUCAUGUACUGAAGUUUGUCAGCAACGUAACGGAAUUCGACCGCAUCAUACUAAGAUGGGAAAGGUACAGGACGCCAGAACCUCGCGACUUGCUAAGCUUCAUUGUUCACUACAAAGAAUCUCCAUUUCAGAACAUAACGGAACACCUGGGCCAAGAUGCCUGUGGAGCCAACAGCUGGAACGUGGUCGAUGUGGAACUGCCUUUAAACGACGAACAAGAACCAAGUGUCACAUUGAUGAACCUGAAACCAUGGACCCAGUAUGCCAUUUAUGUCCGGGCUAUCUCUCUCACCACUGCAGACGAAGGGAGUAAUUCCGGAGCACAGAGUGACGUGGUUUACAUUCGAACAAAGCCGGCAGGUGACCUCUUAGCCACAGUUUCUAUGGCUUAG